AUGGGUGUCUUCAACGGUUGCUUAUUUAGUUGGUCUUUUCUGUUGGCCCAAUUGGUGAUAAUAAUCAUCAGCAUCUGCGUAGGGCGACGUUUCUUUUCGCCCAUCAGCGACAUUCCUGGCCCGUUCGUGGCCUCUUUCACUCGCUUGUGGCACAUCCGCCGCAUCUUGAAAAUAGAUCAAAACCUCAAACUCAUUCGCCACUUCGUCCGCAUAGCACACAACGAGGUCAGCGUCAGCCACCCAGACGCCGUUAAGAAAUUACUGUUGGCGCCUCUACAUAAGGGCAGCUGGUAUAAAGUGGUGACGUUUCCAGAUGGACGAUUCCAAAACCCCAUGUCGGCCACCGAUCCAAAAGUCAAGAACAAGCUAUCUAGGCAUCUCGCACCGGGAUUCGUGCUGUCAAACAUGCUCCUGUCGGAACAAGCAAUCAACCAAACUAUACACUCACUUCUCGGCUGGCUAAGCGAAUAUGCCGAAAGCGGCAAGCCUAUCAACUUGAACGAGUACUUCAGCUUUACAAUAUCUGACAUAGUUGGAGAGGCCAUCUUUUCGAAGCCUUUCGGAUUUAUUAAGGGAGGAAAAGAUAUAGGUAACUCAGUCGCCAAUGCCGAAGCGCAUAGCGCAUAUAUCGCUGUUGCUGGCUACUUCCGCUGGCUACACGUGCUGCUCCUGGCUAAUCCAGUUGUCACUUGGCUUGGUAUCUUGCCUGCCGGUUAUAUAAUCGACUUUGCUCUGCGUUCUACCAAGGAGCGUGAAUCAAACCCUGAUGCAAGAUUUGAUGCUUUGGCCCACUGGUUUCGUAUGCUGGAGCAGAGCCCGGAUCGCAUACAGCGACAUGAGAUCGACUCCGGCGCGUUUAAUUCUGUGGCUGCUGGUUUCGAUACGGUAUCCUCUGCUCUCCAAGCUUUCGUAUACUAUAUGAUACGGCACUCGAAUGCGUGGCAGAGGGUGAGGGAUGAGAUAGACGCUGCGGGUCUCAAAGACGGUGUGGUUUCGUACGUCGACACUCAACGGCUGCCGUUUUUACAAGCUUGCAUCAAAGAGACAUUACGUAUCUUCGGGCCAGUACCUAUGGGACUUCCGCGUUUGGCACCUGAAGGUGGAAUUAUCUUUGGAAAUCGGGAAUUUCCCAAAGGUACGGUGCUAUCCGUGAAUGCAUGGGUCAUGCACCAUUCCAAGGAGAUUUGGGGCAGUGAUGCUCGCCAGUUCAACCCAAAUCGAUGGCUAGGGAAUGACAGUAUCGUCUUGGAAAAGUUCCUGAUGCCGUUCGGAGCUGGGUACGCAGCAUGUCCCGGGCAGAACCUGGCCAAAAUCGAGUUAUCGAAAAUCACCGCCAUGCUUGUUCGUGACUACGAUAUCCGGCAGGUUGACCCAAGUCAGAAGUGGAAGUGGAAUGCAUUUUUCACCUUGGCGCCGCAUUCAUGGCCUUGCUAUAUUACUAAGCGGAAGAGACAGUAA